GGCCACGACCACUUCGCCCUGCAACGCGCCUAUGAGGACAGCUACAUGAUCGUCACCACGGCGGCACUGGACCGCGAGCGCAUCCCCGAGUACAACCUCACCGUGGUGGCCGAGGACCUGGGCUCUCCACCCUUCAAGACUGUCCGCCAGUACACAGUGCGGGUGAGCGAUGAGAAUGACAACGCACCACUCUUCGCCAAGCCCCUCUACGAGGUGGCCGUGCCAGAGAACAACCCCCCAGGUGCCUACAUCACCACCGUGGUGGCCCGCGACCCUGAUCUUGGCCACAACGGUAAGGUAACCUACCGUCUCCUGGACACACAGGUCAUGGGGGCCCCCAUCUCCACCUACGUCUCAGUGGACCCCGCCACCGGGGCCAUCUAUGCCCUGAGGACGUUCAACUAUGAGAUCCUCAAGCAGUUGGACCUGAGGAUCCAGGCCACUGAUGGAGGCUCCCCACAGCUCUCCAGUAGCACCCUUGUCAAAGUGAGGAUGGUGGACCAGAACGACAACCCUCCUGUCAUCAUCCACCCAGUGCUCACCAACGGGACAGUGGAAAUUGGCGUGUCCAGCAAGACCUCCCGCGACUCCCUGGUGGCCCAGAUCAAAGCUCGAGAUGCAGAUGAUGGGGCCAAUGCUGAGCUCACCUUCGCCUUCCUGGAAGAGCCCCAGCAGGACCUUUUCACCAUCAACCCAAGUACUGGGGACAUUGUGCUGAGGGGCGACCUCUCUGAAGAGCUGGGACAGCUGUUCAAGGUCAUCCUCACUGUGACAGACAACGGCAGACCCCGCCUCGCCACGACUGCCACAGUCAACUUCCUGGUGACCGCCACUGCUCCUUCCAGUAUCCAGGAGAUAGCCAAGCCCAGCUCCUGGGAAGGAAAGGCAUUGCAGUGGGACAUCCCUCUGAUCGUGAUCAUCGUCCUGGCAGGCAGCUGCACCCUCCUCCUGGUGGCUAUAAUCACCAUUGCCACCACCUGCAACAGGCGCAAGAAGGGGAAUGAGAUCAAAAACAAUGCUUCCUUGAAGGAGCAGAUAGACAUCUCCCCUGCCGAAGAGAUCUCCACCGCUGAGAGCGGCAGCGACAGCACUUGCCUCUACGAGGGUCAGAAGAGGCUCAGAGGACCGAGCGGGGAGCAGGGUUUCGCUGCCGCUCCGAGCUACAGCAAGGAGCCUGCUCCCCCCGUGGCCAUUUGGAAGGGGCACUCGUUCAACACCAUCUCCGGCCGAGAGGCAGAGAAGUUCAGUGGCAAAGACAGCGGCAAAGGCGACAGCGAUUUUAAUGACAGCGACUCGGAUAUCAGUGGAGAUGCCCUGAAGAAGGAUCUCAUCACGCACAUGCAGAACGGUCUGUGGGCAUGUACGGCCGAGUGCAAGAUCCUGGGCCACUCGGACCGCUGCUGGAGCCCCUCCUGCGGCCGAGCCAACCCUCACCCCUCUCCCCAUCCCUCGGCACCCCUCUCCACCUUCUGCAAGAGCACGUCCUUGCCCAGGGAUCCCCUUCGCAGGGACAACUUUUAUCAAGCCCAGCUGCCCAAAACAGUGGGGCUUCAGAGCGUCUACGAGAAAGUGCUGCACAGGGACUUCGAUCGGACGAUCACGCUGCUCUCCCCGCCGCGCCCCGCACGGCUCCCCGACCUUCAGGAGAUCGGGGUGCCCCUCUACCCAGCCCCCUCGACUAGAUACCUGGGCCCCCAGACUGACACAGCUGAGAAAGUGUAGCCCAACGCGCUCCCCACCCGAGUACACACGUCCCUGCGCGCACACGACUAGGUCACUCCCGAGAGCCUUUAAGUUAUUGACCAGAUCCGGUGUCGUACGUGUAAAUAUGCAAGAUGUGCCUUAAAAAUGAAAUUGUUGGGAAAGAUUUCCAAUCACGUCAGUACUGUUUGAUAUUUGCAAACAAAAAAAAAUUGUUUGUAGUUAAUGUAAUUUUUAUGAAAUGUGCAGUAUUUAAAAUUUUUUUUCAUGUUUUCUACAUUUUUCUUUUUUGCUUUUGGUUCCCCCAUGGCCUGCCAUUUUUUGUAGUGUUUUUAACCUGUAUAUUGUGUAAUGUAAUGUUUGUACAUAAUGAAAAUUGGUUAUAUUUUUAUAUAAUAAAAGCUUAAAAAAUGGGAAUUUUGCCAAAGGAACUGUCUGAAAAAAGACACAAUAAUAAUAAUUAAUCAUAAUAUCCUGAAUAUGUAGAACCUUGUAAGGGAAAUUCCUCCUUCAUGGUGUAAUAAUAACCUAAGCAACCCAGUGUACUGAGAAGUUUGCCUUGCCAAAUGUGACUUGUAUUUCUUGAGUCUGUGGUCAGCUUAAAUGUUAUUUAAUUGCCUUUGGUUCCUGUAAUCUGUGUCACUGAUAAACACUAAUAAAGGUUUUGUGAUGUGUCGGAG